UUACAAUCCAUCCAAAACCACCACCACCACCACCACCACUCUCAAAACAACAGCAGAAAUGUUCGCCCGCACCGCCCUCCGCGCCACGGCGUCGCCCAUCGCCCGUGCCUCGGCCCCCGCCGCCGCCAGCCGCUUCUUCUCCUCCUCGCCCGCCCGCCUCGUCAAGAUCGGCGAGCUCCUGCCCGAAGGCGAGCUCCUCCAGGAAGGCUCCCCCGGCAACAAGGUCGACCUGCGCAAGGAGGCCGAGUCGGCCCGCAACAUGCUGAUUAUCGGUGUCCCCGCUGCUUUCAGCCCCGCGUGCAGCGCGAGCCAUAUCCCGAGCUAUAUCCAGCAUCCCAAGACGCAGGAGUUUGAUGUCAAGGCGGUGGUGUCGGUUAAUGAUGCUUUUGUCAUGAAGGCAUGGAAGGAGAACCUCGACCCCGCCGGCGAGUCUGGUAUCCGCUUCCUCGCCGACCCCUCGGGAUCGUUCACCAAGGCUCUCGACCUCACCUUUGACAGCAAGGCCAUCUUUGGCAACGACCGUUCCAAGCGCUAUGCCAUGAUUGUCGAGGACGGCAAGGUCACCAAGAUUGCUGUCGAGCCGGACAACACUGGUACCGCUGUGUCGUUGGCCGACAAGGUCUUGGGUUAGACUUGAAGGAGAUACAUGAUGAUGAUGGGGACUGGUGGAGUUUAAAAGUUCCAUAUAUAUAGAAUAUGAUUAAUGAACUACGUCGGAUUGCACAGCUAUCAAAGAGACGUACUGAAGGAAUCACCA